AUGGGAAUACCUGAAGUUUACGCCCAGUACACAGUUGAACAUGGUAAAAAGGGGGCGUGGGUUGAGGAGGAGAUUAGAAAAAUAUUUCUUCUGGAAGAGAUAGAAUUCAUAUACCAGGGGUCAAAAGAUACACAAUCGAAGGGACCCAACA